AUGCUUGUAUUCGGAAUGAUCAUAACAAUGGCCGUGGCAGAGGAAGCUGCAACCACUAACAUUUCUGCCGCUAGACUAUCCACAAUUCACGGCCUUAGCGGAGAGCUGCUGGGUCCGAGUUUUCUAAAGAAUAACUAUUCCCUACUCGUUGGCUGUGUGUAUUGCCCACCCAAUGCCAGUGGGGACUAUGAUCUUUGUCUCUCGCAGGCAUUUCAUGCCACAGCCGACUUGAAUCUUAAGUACUGUUUGAUUGCAGGCGACUUCAAUCUUUCUGAAGUGCAAUGGUUUCCGCCUUCGGGUCCUCCAAAGUUUGAGAACUUACUUGAGGCUGUAGAUAUCGCCAUGUUGGUUCAGGUAUUCGAUUUUCCCACCCGAGGAUCAAACAUACUCGACUUAAUUUUACGUGGAGGGUAUGAAACACUGUCAGUGUCAUCUUUAGACAAACUUGGGACUUCAGACCAUCUCACAGUUGUUACUAAACCAGAACCGGAGGCGGACGAAAUCUUUUCCCAAAACUAUAGUUUUUCCCAUGACAUCCGAUCAGCGGAGUUACUGACGCAUUUUAACUCCCUCGACUGGUCUGACGUUUUCCAAUCUUCGAAUGUGAAUGUUUGUACUGAUACACUCAUCUCCCGUUUUGUCCCCUUUAAGAAAAUAAUACAUGCCAAGGAUGAAAUGCACAUUACCCUGUCUUUCCGCCGUAGGCUGACGAGACUCUCACGCCGUUUGCAUCAACAGAAGGACACUUUCAUUCUGCCCUUGAUCCACCUGAUAUUUGAGCAGGCUAAAACGUUCUCCAAAGAAAAGCAGAUAGCCGAUGAGGUCAAAUUUGCUGAAAACCCUACGCUAAAAGUUGUGAAACUCUUUUCGCGCACAGUCAAAGCGCAGAGAAAAGCGCAGCACCCCAUACUUCAAGACACCUUAGGAAACCACACAGUUGAUGCUAAGCUGAAAGCCUCAAUGAGAUGCAAUCCAGAGCUUUAA